ACUUGUGAAGAGAGCAGCUGCAGAACCUCAGCUGAAGAGACGGAUAAGAUGGCUUCUUUUGCCCUGGAGAUAUUAGGGGUGACUCUGUCUGUCCUGGGCUGGGUUGCGGCGAUUGUGGCCUGCGCUCUACCCAUGUGGAAGGUGACAGCUUUUAUUGGUCCCAACAUCGUGACAGCACAAGUCUCCUGGGAGGGCAUCUGGAUGAGCUGCGCGGUACAGAGCACAGGACACAUGCAGUGUAAGGUGUACGACUCCCUUCUGGCCCUUCCACAGGACCUGCAAGCUGCCCGUGCCCUCACUGUCAUCUCCAUCCUCCUGGGGUUUGUUGGGCUUCUGGUCGCCAUCACAGGAGCAAAGUACACCAACUGCGUGGAAGACGAGGAGGCCAAGGGGCGGGUGACAGUUAUUUCUGGGGUGGUUUUGCUUGUUGCCGCGUUGAUGAUGUUAGUGCCCGUGUCCUGGGCAGCGCAUGUCAUCAUUGUGGACUUCUACAGUCCCUUCGUCGUGGAGGCCAACAAGCGGGAGCUCGGAGCUUCACUUUUUCUCGGCUGGAGUGCCGCGUGCCUCCUCUUCCUUGGGGGCAGCAUACUGUGCUGCAGUUGCCCCAGCCAGAGCAGGGCUGUGUCCAGACCUCCUUCUAGCUGCACAUCACCUACCAGGAACUAUGUCUGACCUUCCACUGCUGGAUUCCAGUCUCACUUUUUUCAGCUUUUUCAUUUUUUAAUUUUUUCUACUCUGUUUUCAGCGCAUAUGAUGGAUGGACAUUAACCGGAGACUGAACUGAAACGCGGAGGAGAGAAUCGCACUUAGACGCAACACAGAAUCAAGACUGCUGUUCGCGUGGCACAAUAUGUAAGAAUUCUGCAGUUCUUCGUAAUGUUGUGUUUGGCUUUUAAAUAUUUGAAUGUGGCCACAAUGGAUGUCGUAAGCGAUGAGCUGCAUUGGGCUAAACAAAGGUUUAAAUCUCAUAUUGCUGUUUUAUAGC